AUAAUAACGCGCCUCAUCACCAGUUUCGCUGCAUAUUCUCGCUCGCGCGCCGGAGACGUGAUAUUUUUCCCAAUCAAAAGGAGGCGAUUUUCCGUAGCAACAUGAUUGCUAUAAUUGCAGGAUUAUAAUAAAGCCCAUCUGGAAUUCCUAUGCUGAAUCUGCUGCUUAUAAAAUGCGAUAACCUGCUACAAUAAGACGCGCGCGUGAUUGACGUGGUGGCCGCUGCUGUUUGAUGGUUUGCAGACGCAUCGCCUUUUAAAGUUUCGAUGCUGCCGCGUCGGCUGACCUAGAGAAAAACAGUGGAGAGAAGACCUCAGUCUAAGGAACUGGAAAGGAUAGAUCAAAUGUCUUUUUCGGGACCUUUCGGCCUAUUGCUGAAUUUAUAUCUAGCCAGAUGGCCCCAAGAAAUGCGCGUAACGAUUUCUACAUUUUGGGCUCCAACGGGAAUGGCAAAGCUGGAACCCAAGCCAUGUCGGAAUGGAUAGGCUUAUCGUGGUCUCAUAACACUGCCCGAAAAUGUAUUGACCUGGACGGAAUCGGAGUGUGGACCAAGUGUCUGAUGUCUGUUGGAAUUACGUUGCUCCUGGUGCCGUCCACAUUUGCCAUAGACGAUGAAGGAAGGCUUGAAGCAUCAGGACAAACCCCCAGUCCUUCCAAGGAUCCAAGUGGAGCCCCAAACACCACAGUCUUUUCAUUACUGCUGGAAGAGGAAGAUUUUGCCUCGCAGUUCCACUCCUUACCAGCAGGGGCAGAUAGCAUAAGGGAAGAGCCUGUGUUUGCCUCAGUGCAGACCCUGCAGGUUGCAGAGACACUGCCUGAGGCGCUGGUGCAUUCUCUGCCUUCCCCACCUGGCAACAGUGACAAUAGCACCAAUCAAAAGUCCCCUGGGGAGCUGGCCAUCAGAGUGCCAAAGCCAGCAUUCCCAGCACUCAAAAUCAACAGUGUUUUGACCACUAGCUCAGAUGAAACACUUGGUGAAUUCCCCAGGAACCCUGAUCUGCCCACGGCCCCAGGUUCCCCUUUCAUAGACAUAGACGCAUCUAUCACUGACAAUGUGACGAGUCCAGUCUCCAUUUCCACUUUCCUGUUUAAUGCCACCUCCCCUGAAAGGGCUGAAAAUACUUCAUCUGACACUUCGACACGCAACAGCUCCCACACUGUGACCAGCGACAGUCUCCAACUCACCACAGUGACCACCACAACUGUCAUGCCCUUAACUGUGACAUCCAUGACUGUGACUCCACCUACUAUAGCCACCGUUGCAAAAGAGGUUGUGACCACCUUACCGCCUACAACAGCCGCCGAAACCACAACAACCAAGACGGAUCCGCCAACGACUACGACCACAACAACCACAGCGACGACAACUACCACCACCACCACAAAAGUAGCACCAACAACCACAGAAACACCAACAACUACUUUAGCAACCACCACAACAACAACCCCUCCUCAAACCACUUCUGUAUCUACCUCUGGAAGCACCACGACUGAACUGAGCACCCCACCCACUGACAGUACUUUGACCUGCAAUGUGACCGAACGGUUAUGGCUGAAAACAGUAUUGUCCAUCCAGAUGCGACGGAAUCGGCUAGAAGCUGGAAUGAGACAGAACCUGUCUAAAGGUUUCACCCAGGCCCUGCAGAGAGCGUUCAACAACAGCAGCAUCCGUGUUCAGUUGGAAAGCGAUAUCUGCACCCCUUCUAAUGUGACCGUGGGGUAUUACGUCACAAGAGGGAAGACCGUGAUUAUAGCUUCUGUUGUGAUGGACACCUUAACGUCCUAUGGGUUUGACAAGCUAUUGGAUGACAUCAGAGAGUAUGUGCCUGUGGUACUGGCCGUCCCCAGUCCAGUGGCCCCCUGGCUGCCCAGCCUCAGCAUCCACCUGCAACUUAAAACAGUUCUUAGGUUUGUCGGGCCGACAGAUAACAUCAAGUCUUGUGGUUUCAUCCAAAUGAUGGAGCAGCGGUUGGAAAAUGUGUUUGCUGAGGCACUGGAAAAAGUCGAGGACUUUUAUGGGGCUCUUUCAGUUGAGAUUCUGAACACAUAUCAAACAGGGAAUUCUUUGGCAGUGACUCUGGUGUAUGUAGUGUGGAAUGGUAGCACUCCAUUGAAUGGUACUGUGUCCAGCGGUCUGCUUAACCAGUUGACUGCUGAGCUCGUGGGCUACUUUUUAUUCUUCCCCCCUCUGAUCAUUGCAGAGCCUCUAGAGUACCACAACCUUAACACUUCAGUAGCAACCAGAGAUUACUGGGUAAUCACAGUAAUUCAGGACGUUGACAGCUCUUCUCUCGAGGGAAGUUAUCAGAGCUUUGCUAGUCUAAUGGAGCAGCGGCUGGCAGAGCUCUUUUUGGUCGCCAGUCGGCAUGGUCUUCGCUUAAGAAGAGCCACAACUGUAGGCGACUACACUGUCCAGAUGGUCAGUAUCCGGCGACUGCCUGGGCCCAAGAACCCGGCUGAAAUGACCUACUAUGUACAGAUAGAUGGUUCUCCUGUUACUGGCACCUCUGCGGCUAAAAUCCUCAACACGGUGGACUCUCAAACCAUGGCUCUCACUCUGGGCUACUUUGUCCAGAUUCAGGCAGAGCCCGUGGUAAAGAGUCUGCCUAGUAACCUCUGGAUACUGGCAGUCCUGAUACCUGUAUCGCUAGUGAUGAUUGUUGCGGUUAUGGCGGUUGCUAUCAUAUGCAGGAGAAACCGUACUGUCUUCAAGACCAGCGCAUUUCGGAAUUUCCAUCCUCGCACCAAGACUUCGUAUCGAAGAGACGGAAGUUAUCACCACCAGCCUGUGCAGGGUUUCGACUAUGCCAAGCAGCACAUGGGCCAGACAGGUGAGGAGGCUCUCACUGUCACCAAGGAAACACUUGUCCUGUCCCUUCCCGUACGGGAUGCUCCACUCACACAAGACAGAGUGGCGACGGCAUUACAAGAUGGGACGGCCUCAAAAAGACCCCAGUUGACAGAGAUGCAUCUCAGCAGGUUGCCAAGCGAGGAUGGCUCUGUUUCGAGCAACGAUUCUGGGAAGCUGAACACAGGCAGGAGCUCCACAGCUCGGAGAAGUAUGGCACAGAAAGCACCCAAAGAAGAGCAACACACGAGAAAUGACCAUUAUGACUCUUUAACUGGCUCUCUACGCCUCAUCACCAUUAAGCCUAUGGCUGCCCCACUCAACUAUUCCUAUCCUGAUUCAUCCAAUAACAGCCAAGACUCUGUCAUCCUGAAUGGAGAGGUAAACAUGGGGAUGAAGCAAAAGUCAGACAUUGAGCAUUAUCGGAAUAAGUUGAGGUUAAAGGCUAAAAGGAAAGGUUAUGGUGAUGGUCCGGUCUUUAGCAGUAGCGGGAGUGGCAGCAGCCACAUGUACAGCCAUCGAGACAGGCUGAGGCGAGAGAAUGCUUCCCUGGAUUUGGAAGAUUUGCGGGGACCAAAGGAGGACAGAAAACCCUCCACUUACGUAAAGUACCGCAGGAGUGACUCCCAAAGGGAACCUGCAUAUUGGAGCAGGCAGUCUCUGAACACCCCUAGUCCAGUGGAGACUGAGAUGGACAUGCUGGUCAUGAGGGAGAGAUCUAGAAGGGGAAUCCGCAACAGCGGCUAUGAUGGUGAGCCUGAGCCAUUUGAAGAAACUGAUGUGGACCGCCUUCUGAGUUCCCUGGGUUUUGGCGGUGACCAUCAGGUCAAAGGUCACUCUGACUCAUCCACCCUAAGUUCCCAACCAUCCAUUGAUGAAGUGAGGCAGCAGAUGCACCUACUCUUGGACAACGCCUUUGGACUGGCCUCUGCCGAGCCUACUCCAACCAACCACCACCACCACCAUCACCACCACCCUCAUAAUUCUUACAACCCCAGCCAUAGUAGGCCCUACUUGGAUGGAGUUACCAGCGCUCCUGGCACUAUGAACCACCCCAACGGAGCUCUUCAGCAUGGCUCCUCCUUUGGGCCGGAUAUGCAUCAGUGUAGCCUUCCCAAACCAGGAUUCAGGUUUACCCAGCUGCCUGAUAUGGGUUUGGGGUCCCCACCACCUCUCAUCCCUCCAAGAGGAGGAGCCCCACCUGGAACUUCACUAAGACGGUCGACACCAGACAUGAGUCUGAAGCCUCGUGUCUCUGAGGCCUCUGAGAUGAGUCAGCACAAUGGCACCCCCUAUCUGCCAAUCAACCGAGCUCCCUUCCCCGCUGUUACUGUGGACGAGUCUAUGACAAGCUACUCAGGAAACCCAAUGACAGCAGUAUAUGCCAUAUCUGCCAACCGCCCUGGCUACUCUGACUACUUUGUCCUGUCUCCACCGUCCUCCUACCGGAGUCCCUCUUGGAUGUCAUACCCUCCAGAGCCAGAAGACCUUCCACGUCAGUGGAAUGACACGGUAAAGAACCAGUGUCAUCUGGAAACCAUCUGCUGAAUUGGAUUCAUUUCUGAUAUUGACCAGACACUGAAAUUUAGGAUAUUUUAGAGUUUUAUUUUGUUACCUAAUUCCACAUGCCACAUAUGGAUUUAUCAAUUAUCGGAGAAAUGCUACUCAUUUAAUUCUGAUUACAUUUUAUGGGUAUUAUUGGGUCAUGGUUUAAAUUAGAAUAGAAGUCUAUAAACAUUCAUGCCCAAAAGUAUCUGGAUAACUUAAAGCCAUAUGUAAAAAUGUAUGAAUUACAUUGUAUUAUGAACAAAAUAUCAAACCAAGUGACAUCUGCAAACAAAUUAUGCCAGACUUUUUUUCAGAACUAACUAUAUUUAGUUACAUUUAACCAAUGGGUAACUUUUACUGUAUGAUGUAUGAAGUCAGUUCCCCUUAAGUCCACACAGGUGUCCAAACAGAGUAAACACAGGUGUAGCUGGAGUGGUGGUGGCGGCGUAGUGGACUAAAGCACUGAACUGGUAAGCCAAAGGUUGUUGGUUCAAUCCCCACAGCCACCAACACUGUGUCCUUGAGCAAGGCACUUAACUCCAGGUUGCUCCAGGGGGAUUGUCCCUGUAAUUAGGGCACUGUAAGUUGCUUUGGAUAAAAGCAUCUGCCAAAUGCAUAAACAUAAAUAAAUAAAUAUAGUUCAUCACACUACCUCACUAACAUUUACAAACCAGAAAGUGUCCAAAUAAUUUUUGUCUUAAUUUUGAACUGUAAAUCUGUUGAUUUAUUGGUUUAAUUUUCUGUGUUUAAUGCAAUAACAUUCAUACAUUUUUAAAUUGGGCUUAAGUGUCCAUUAAUGCUUUUUGGGUCCACUGUAUUAUUCAAGUUAGAAAACUUGGCCUUAUACUGAAGGCAAUAUGUUAAUUAGAUGCUGUAAAUGACUGAUACAGCAGCCCUAACCCAACUCAGAGCUUAGUUGAACAGCCAACCAGACCUGUAAUCCAUAACCUCACCUGCCAGCCUCGGCAGGAUACAGCACCCGUUAAUAAUUAACGUCCCCAAUGGUAAAUCACAACCUGUCCUUGAAGCAAGCAACCAUGUUGAGCAAACAGCAGGUUGUCUUACUGGCCAAAACUGUGUUUUUCUUAAAGCUUUUUCAAAUUAAGAAACAGUGUUGUAUGUUGUACAGGUGUUUUUAUGUGAUUUAAACACCAAGUUACUAAUAAUGUAAAACUAAAACAUGUUUUUUUCCCCCAUCUUGGGCAAUCUUAGCUUCAUAAAUGCGUAUCUGUCUUUUGCUCUCAUUCAUGCAUUUUUAUAGAAAAGGUUAUUGCAGGUGAUUCUUCUUGUGCACUCCAUAUGGCUUACGUAAAAAUGAUGACAAUGAAUGGUGUAAAAUAAGUUUAUAGUUUGGAGGGAUGUGACAUCCUGUACUGUAUCUACUGUAGUCACAAUGUGUUCAAGCAAAAAUAGUAUAUGCUUUUUCUUUCUCUCGGAAAUGCAAUGGUUUAUGCCGUUUUAAAGUGUUUCACAAUGCACAGCCAUUCAUGAAAGGCAUGAAUCAUGUUUUGAGAGUUUAGGUAUGAUGUGGGAAGAUAGCCAUUAUGGUUUAGUUAACAAACCCAGAUGCCAAAAUGAGGGCUAAACUUUGAGAGGGAUUCAUAUUUUCAGUAGCCUUUUUGUAAGUACUUAAAGAGUAACUAAAAUGCGUUUCUAUUUUGUUGCCUUAUUCAUAAAAGGCACCAAAAUAUAAAUAUUUAUAUCAGAUAGCAAAAUCUAGAUAAAAUGUUUAAAUAUACAGCAUACACCAAAAUCGACUUGAAAUCAGAUUUAGAGUACAUUACACAAUGAUCAAAUUAAAUCCAAUUAAAAUUGUACCAUAAUAUGACUCAAAUUCCAAGUUGCAUCCAAGUACAGUGUUACAGAUGUAACAUUUGGCAUGUGUUCUUAUGAGAAUGAUUCUAAUGCAUGUAGUCUGGACAUAUGAAUCAUAAGGGCUUUGUAUGUGAAGCAAGACCCAUAUUUUUUGGGGCAGUUAUAGAAAGGAUUUCUAUUGUAAAAAACAAAACAAAAACAAAAACAGCGACAACACAGCAGAAGUAUCCCAUAGACGCUAUCUGUUAAUGUACAACCAUUUUUGUUAAGGCACAUUCGCAGAAUGACUGCAUUGGAAUAUAUUAAAUGUCACAAUGACAUAAUCAGAUUAUGAAAAUUGCUAAAGCAUACAUAAAGUGUUGUGUAAAUUAUUAUAAAUGCCACAAAUGUUUGAUUUUUGUUGAAUUGAAGAAUGUUGUCCUUUCGGUUUAACUAUGUUGCUGCGGGGGAUGUGCAAAUAUCUUAACUAUCACUUAAUUGUUCCUUUUUAAAGUUUUUUCUUUUAAUAUUUUUAUAUUAAUUGAAUUACCCUUUUUGGCCAACAACUGAGGACAUUCUUCUAAAAUGGUUACCAGUGUAAAAUAUUAUGCUUAAAAAAAAAUGCCUCAUUGUAAAACUAUGUGAAACAAUUGUGUAAUAUUCAUUAUGUGUACAUCAUCAUAACAAAUAAGAUGUUGAGAUUUUUCCUACUUAUACAACACUAAACAACUUGCCAGAUGUCCUGUAAAUUUUCCCUUCAUUACUGUAAAAACAAUAUUUGUUUUAAAAAUUCUAUCUGUCUUUUCUUUCCUUAUUAUUUUCCUUAGCAUAAUGUACAGUGAUAAUAACCAUCAUUAUAAUCUUGGUUUAAUACUUUGAAAGACUCAUUUAUGUGGGUUACACUGAAUCAGUUCUAAUAAAAACUAAGAUUUGAUCAUUUAAAAAUGGUUUAUAUCGUUCCAUUUAACA